UGAUUCUCCCGCGAAAUUUUUACAUAACCAACUCCCAGAACGCUGGAAGAGAGAGAGUGAUCAGUCAAGAUGCCGAGGAAAAGAAAAGAUGAACAGUUGGGAAAUGAAGGGAAAAGUUCCAAAAAACUGAGGGCUGUCGAAUGCAAUGUUGACGAGACCUACGCCCAAAAACUGAAGAAGAAAAGAGACCAGGCAAAGAAAGAGAAACAAGCAGAGAAAGUACCCAGUAACAACAAUAACAGGACUGAUAGCUCUGAAAUAAUAUUGGGACUUAAACCCAGGACAGUUCCAUAUACAGUCAAAGUGGCAACACCAUCCUAUUUGAAAACCAACAAUCUGAUCCCACAACUGCACGGAUACUCCAUGGGUGUCCAGAAAAGAAGUCUUUAUCAAAGUGCCACAAAAUGUAUGAUAGAUAUGCUAUCAGACAUGCAGAUCUCCACUAUGAUCAGUCCUUUUGAUCGGAGAGUUACCUCGAUGGAGUGGCACCCCACCAACCCUGAUGUGGCGGUUGUGGGGUCCAAGGGAGGGGACAUUAUGUUGUGGGACACCUACAAUACAAAAAAGCAGAACUUCAUUCAGGGGAUGGGACCUGGAGGGAUCAUUAACGCCAUUAGAUUUUGGCCUCACGAUUAUAACAAGAUUCUGACUGCUGCUGUGGACGGCACAAUUACUUUGAAUGACCUGGAGGGCAAAAACACUCAGGUGUUGGCAGACACCCAAAAUGCCUACGAUUUUUGGUACUGUAGUGUGGAUGUACACCCAGUGAGAAAGUUUGUUGCAGCAGGUGACAAUGUAGGAAAGCUUCAGUUUCUCACCUAUGAGGGCAAACAGACUUUUGAGUUUCGCCUUCACAAGAACAAAAUCACCCAUUGCGAAUUCUCACCUUUGGAAGAAUGGAUGUUAUGUACGGCUUCUACUGAUCAAACCGUUCAGAUGUGGGACGUAAGAAUGAUUAAAGAUCGCAAAAGCUCCCUCUACACUCUCAAGCAUGACAAGCCCAUCAAUUCAGCUCAUUUCAGUCGCACCAAUGGCUGUCGGUUAUUAACCACAGAUCAGAACAGUCAGGUACGGGUGUACCUAGCCCCUGAGUGGCAGCUAGAGAAAACCAUUCUACAUCCUCAUCGAUUUUUCCAACACAUUACUCCGAUAAAGGCAACUUGGCAUCCCUUACUAGACCUAGCAGUGAUUGGAAGAUAUCCUGACCCUAAUUUCAGCGGUUACCAUGAAAAUGAACUCCGCUCUAUUGAUAUCAUUGAUGUGGACUCUGAGAAGGUAGUGGCUAGACUUCAUGAUCCAUCAGCACCAGGUCUUGUCUGUGUAAACAAGUUUAAUAUCAAUGGAGACACAUUACUCUCUGGAAUGGGUGUCAACUUAUUAUUAUGGAAGAGAAGGGAAGAGGCCGCCAAAAUUCAAGAGUCUCUGAUGUCAAAGAUAAGUGGGAAAGGCUUGGAUCAAAGUUCAAACUCGGGUCAAACAAGGUCAGGAAGGUUAAACCAAUCCAAGAGAGCCAAUGAAAAACUAAAGAAAAUGAAAGAAAGUACAGAAACCAAACAAACCAAAGCAAAACUCAUGUGGAAAACAACAGAAGAAAAACAGAAAAAGAAAAAAUGAGAAAAACUGCCAUAAUGAAUUACCACACUGUGUUCAUGCAUGAUCUGCAGGACUCAGAUUUUAAAAUUUAGAUAAUCAAGAAAUUUUUUGAUUUGCAAGGAAAAAAAAAUCACUGAUGUGAUUAUGUGACCUACCCGGUAAUUUGAAAGAACAUGUUUUGCAUGUUAUUCAAGAAUUAUGUACAUGUUUUAUACAGCUGGUUGUUUUAAUAGUACAGCAUUUGUACGAAAAUUGUUUGAUUUGUAAUUUGUUCAAUCUCUGGUGUCAGUUGUGUUUCUUGAAUACUAGCCAGCAGGUAGCAGCUAGAGUAGAAUCCAUUAAAUGUAUUUACCAUGGUGCAAUAAACUGAAGAUAGGAUUUUUUUUCAAAAGACAUUUCUCCCCUUACAGAAUGAAAAGUAUUUUUCAGACAAAAUUGACAGUACUAUAUUCUAUAUUACUUGGUUGUCAGUUCUAUUAUGGCUAAUAUUUUACAAUUUUUGAUAUUUUUCCAUAUUCCUGACUUUCUUGAAAAAAAAUUGUCUUUUGUAACAAACAGUUUUAAACCUUUUCAUUUCUCUGGUAUUAGAUCAAAAUUUUGCUCUCCAUUUCUAAGCAUUCAUCAUGAACUCAUUCACCCCAAACAGACAAUUGGUCUCUUUUAUCUCCCAGGCUAUGUACAUUAUAUACUAUUCAUAAUGUUUACAUGGCAGCAUUUGUUGCACAAGUAAUUAUUUGCAGUGCUUAUCUAUUUCAAAACAUUUAGCUGAGAUGUUUAUUCUUUAAAAUACACUAUGCACUGUAUUUGAAGAUUUUAAAUUACUUGGACUGUUCACAUUUUAAGACAAAACCUAGUAAAACCAUGGAGAUCAUGGUUGAACAAGGGAAACAAAAAAUCAAACUGUUCACUCUGUGAAAGGUCUAUUUCAAAGUCUUUAUAGUCAACCUUUUCUUGCUGUUAUAUGGAAUAUAGAGAUGCUUCUUGACAC